AUGAACAUCCUUAAUCAAACAAAAUCAAUCAUCAAUUCUAAACUGUUCAACAAAUACUGUCAAUCUUAGAACUAUUAUUUCACAAGAGACAUCAAUGAAAUUCUUAAUGAAGCCACUACUAAGUCAACUGUCAGAUUCAAAGAUUGGAAUUGUUAUGAUGAACAAGUAUUACUCUCAUAAUUAAAAAGGAUGAAUAUCUAAAACGUGUCUAUCAUUUAUCUGAAUAUCCUGUUAAGAUACAACUUCUUUCUGAAUAUUAUAAAGUAUAAUUAUAUCAUUCAUAUAGUUUCAUCAUGAUAUUGCAAGAAUAUUUCAAGAACCAGUCUCAACUAUCUUAAAUAAAUAUUAUGAUAAGAAACGUAAGAUUGAAUAUUAUAGAAUUGCCAAAAUUAUUGAUCAGGAAAACAAAAACAAUCCUCACAGACCACCUAAAGGAAUCAUAGGAGAAAAGCCCUCUCCUCUUAAUUCAUAAUUAAGUCAACCAAAUUAAGAAUAAGAUUUAGCUGAAUACAAUAUCAAAAAUAUACAAAUACUAAAAGAACUAAGUUGCCUUGAUUAAUUACAACAAGUAAUUUUCAUUUUCAUAUUCUAAGUAAAUUGAUAAACCUACUAAAAUUAAAUUUGAUGUCUCUUAAACACUUAAUGAAAUCUGUAAAUAAAUUGCUAAUUGUCCUGAUCAAUCAUCUCUCUUUAUUUCUACAAACAACAAGAAUGAAGAAAUCAAAUUAAAUAAUUUCUUAAACUUCAUUAAUUAAUAAUAAAAAUAAUAAUUACCAUAACAGAAACAAUAAACUAAACUAAGUCAACCUUAAGAAAAACUCAUACAUUCUAUUAUAAAAUAAAGAUUACCAAAUAAAUAAAAAUCAACUGAAAUUUAAUCAUUCCUAAAAACAUAAAAUUUUGAUUAUCCUUCUACUCAAUCAACUAUUGAUUAAAGAUAAUCUAAAACUAAUUUAUAUACUGAAGAAAACAUAAUUAAAAUUGAAUCCAAACUUAGUGAAUCAUUAAAAAAUAGAUCUAAAUUAAGAGUUAAUAAAGAAUCUCUUAAAUCAAGCUCACCUUCUAAUCAAUUAAAUUUCAAUUCAAAUAAUGCUUAAUAAAUACUCAAAACAUAACAAUCUUAAAUAAAAAUUAACGGUAAUAAUUUCAUAUCUAAAUUACUUAUUGAAGAUCAAAUAAUUGAAUAAGAUUUCAAAUGGAAAACUGGAGCUUAAACACAUCGUCCAACAACUGGAACAUCUAAUCAUUUUAAUUAUAGUCCAUAAAUUUAAAAAAUGAAAUUAGAUAAUUGUAAAAUACUUAAAACUAAAACACAUCAUCAACCACCUUAAUUUCAUACUCUUAAAAGUUUACCAACUAAUAGAAAUAAAGAGAUUUCUAGAAAAACUGCAUCCCAAAAUAUGCAUAUUCGUUAAGGUUCCAAUCAAGAAAGAAUUAUCACUCUUCAAAAUGAUUAACCAAGAACUUAAUUUACAAAUAAUGUAUUUAAAGAAAUAUAACCAUACUAAUCUUCAACACAUCGAAAAUAGGUUUCAGAUAAUCGAGCCUUAUUUUAAAAGGAUUAAAUUUAAGAAUUCAAUUGUUUAACAGAAAGAAGACACAAUGUUGAAUAACUAUUCAAAAAUAACAUCUUAGAUUAUAAUAAUUUAAUGAAAACUGGUUAUAACAAUAUUUAAUAAGGCUCAUUUUAAAAUAAUAUUCAUAAUAAUUAAUAAUAGCAAAGCAUUUAAUAAUUGAUUAGAAAAGUAGCUAAAUAACAUCAAUAACUAUAUUUAAAUAAUUAUAAGAAUUAAUAAAAUCAUUCUUGA